GUGCAGGAGAAAGACCCGAGUAAGCGGAAGUUCGUCAGCUGAUUCGCAACCUGGAGUGUGGCGAGCUUUCGGUUUUUGCAUCCCGUGGAGAGAAAGAACAGAGAAAAUACCUGUUUCAUACUAUCAUAGAAGAGGAUCUUAUCUUUGGCACUUGGAAUUUCUUCUACGGACUGUGCUUCUUUGAACCAUUUAUCAUCUUAUUCAUUCUUUACUUUUUGUCAUCUGUCUGAAGCUCAACAGUUCUUAAGCCAUGUCCCAAAGGCUGACGCCUGAUGGUGGUCAGAAAGGCUUUGCUGUUGGCCGUGGGCUCUUGGCUGCUGCAGAAACUUUAAAUUAUAACAUGGGUGAAUCUAAUCCCGAUCCCUACAGCUCCACUUCCCAACACAUUGGUGGAAUGGUGGGCUUGGGAGGAGGGGACAGACAGGACCAUGGCUCUCAGCUCCCUAGCAGAGUGGGAAGCCACCUUAGCAAUACAAUGAAACUGUUUGCCAGUCUUGGUCUCUCACCUGCCGACUUGGAUGCGUUGGCACAGAUUCCAGAGGAAAACAUCAGUGUGGAGACACUCCCCCAUCUCAUCAUGCAGCUUAAAAAUCGGAAAAAUCUAUCUGGUGACCUGCCGUCACUAUUCUCAGAAACUUCCUAUAGAGAAGGCCGUGAUGACUGGGGGGACAUGCAGGGAGGACGUCUGGACCGAUCCUCUGCCCACAGUCAGAGCCGUACUUCCCAGGGCAGUUUUGGAUAUAGUUCCAUGCAAGAUGUCUCUGCUCAUGGGUAUGAUAUGCUUGAAUAUGGAAACAGCAGCAGAGACCGGCAGCAUUCUGAUCUUUCCUCUGACCGCUAUUAUGGCCUAAGCUCGUCUUCAACAUCUGAUGAUCGGUUUAUGCAGCGAAGGAUGGGAGCUCCUUCUCAGGGCAAAAUCCAGGAUUUCUUGGGAGUCAUGCCACAAAUGUUUCCUCAUGUGUGUGCCCUUUGUGACUUUGAUGUGCAUUCCACCAUGGAAUGGAAUCAACACACAACUGGAAUGCGGCAUGCGGAAAACAGGAGAGUCCUCCUGCAGUUAUAUCCAGAUUGGGAUCCGCAAAUGCCAUCUGGACGAAUGUCAGAGUCCUUCUCUUUUGAAUCCAGGGGACGAUCUGACGGGUUGCUUGCGGAGUAUCCAUCUGGUGGUGUAAGGCAAAGAACAGGAAUGAGUUCAAACUGGGAAUCCAAUUCCAGUAUGGGUAUGGCAGGCAAAACCCAGUCCUAUUCUAUGACCCCAAAGGUAAGAAGCAGGGUGGUAGUGGUAAAGUAUGAUCAGAAGCCAGUGUUAUCCAACCUGUUUGCUUUGACCCGUCAAUUCGGUACCAUCCGACAACACCUGGUACUCAAGAACAAGGCUUUUCUGGAGCUUCAGACCCACGAGGAGGCUCUGGCAAUGUCUGAUUAUUAUCAUAAGAAGCCUGCUAUUUUACAUGGGAAACAAGUACAUGUCUACAUAUCCAAGGAACUGUUGGUAAUUGAGAAAGAUGACCGAGCAGACAGAGACCGAGACAAUAAAAAUGUGAAGACAGGGAACAGUCCUGUGGUGUUCUUUUCCAAUUUGCCAAGAGAGAGAGAGAAGAAAAUGGAGUUACUCACAAUAGCUGGUCGAUUUGGCACUGUUGAAAAACAUCUUUUCUUGAAUGACGAGGCAUUUGUACAGAUGAGCAGUGCAGGAGAUGCAGAUAUGUUGGUGAAGUACUUUAGGAUUAAUCCAUUGACUAUUGACCGUAGAUCCAUUCGUUUGAAUAUCUGCACCAAGUACAAGGAUUUAAAAGUUCCAUCUGAGAAUGAAGGCCAAGGAAAAAAAGGCAGAGAUGAGGGAAGCCGGAAGAGCAGUAGCAAAGCAAGUCACAAAACCUCGUCCAGCUCUCCGAAGACCACAAGAUCCAAAUCUAAGGAUCGCUCAUCUGAAAAGGCAGGAGAGACAGAGUCUGAGAAAGAACACAAGGAUGUAAUUGCAGAGGGGUCUGGUAAUGAAGACGAAGGCGUUGUGGAGGGUCAUGAUGAAAAUGAAGGCCCAGCUGCGGAGAAGUCUCAGUCGAAAGAAGCAGCUGAAGAUCAAACAAAAGCAGAAGCCUCACUGAACUAUGAGGAUUCAGUGAUGGAGCCAGCAGUUGAUGAUGACACACCCAAUGCUGAGAGCACAGAGAUGCCCGAAGAGGCAGAAGCUCAGCCAGAGGAGCCAGCUGAAACCGAAGCAGAUCAAAACCCCACAGAGGAGCACAAAGACACAGAUGACCAGGAUGAUGUGGAGCAGGCUGAGGCUGAUCAUGAGAAUGCUCCAGAGAAUUUGAGUGAACUGGAAGGACUUGAAGAAUCUGACUUUCCUGAUAAUAUGGAUGAGUUUGUGACUCUGGAUGAGCUAGCAGAGGAGGAAGAUGCUGAAAUGCACGAGUCUAAAUCCAGGGAUAAAAGCUCUUCAGGGAGAUCAAAGCGAAGUGGAGGACUAAGAGUUGUCAACGUGGUUGGAUUUAGGCGUGGAUAUAAUUAUCUUGAUGAAAUUCUGUCUUUGGCCAAGCCCUUUGGAACAGUAGUGAGACAUCUGGUCCUGAAUGUGAGGCCUGAGGCUUUUGUGGAACUUGCUAGUGAAGAAGAAGCCAGAGCAAUGGUUCGUUUCUACAAUGGAAAUGUCACACCAACUGUGUGCGGAAAAGAAGUAAAGAUCUUUCAUUCUCAUGUCUAUGCCACCAUCCAGUAUGGCAGAGUAGUUUAUAUUGGACGUCUUCCACCUUUUAAAUCUGAUGCAUCCCUACUGAAAAUCGCAGAGCCAUUUGGAAAAAUCAGAUGUUACUAUAUAAAUAAGGUUCGAAAUGAGUGUUUUAUUGAGAUGGAGAGGGCUGAGGAUGCGGAGAGAUUAGUCGAAACUGCUAAAACAAGUACAAUAAAGUUUGAAGGCAAAAAGCUGGUUGUCUAUUUGAGCAGGAAAUACAAACAUCUCGAAAAAGGACUGAGACCUCCAGCUCCAGAACCAGAAGAAAAACGACCACCCAAAAGGGAGCGUUCUGAAGAAUUGUCAGAAGCCCAGGUCAGCUCCCCGGUCAAAACUAAGACCAGUAAAAAAGAAGAACCACCAACCAAAAAGGUCAAAGAGGAAACAUCCUGCACAGAAGACACUCAGGAUGGACCAGCAGAAAAGCAAGCUGAGACUAGUGAGAGUGAAGCUGAAAUGAAGAUUCAGAAAACAGAGGAAAAUAGCAGCGAUGCAGGCGAAGCUUACAAUUUCAAGACCACACCGACUUGUGAAAAUGACAAUUCUGCUGCUGCUGCCGCUGCUGCGUUGCCUUGUGUUGUGCCUGAGAAGAGCCAGGAGAAUAACGAAGCCCCAACUCUUCCUGCGCAGUCUCAGAAAAAAACUAUAACCACCCUAGACACUCUGGGGCCAUAUGAACCUGAUGUCCCAGUGGGUGUGGAGUUUGUAAAAAUGGGAUAUUACUGCAGAGUCUGCUUUCUUUUUUACUCAAAUGAAGACACAGCUAAGAAGGUCCACUGCAGCAGCCAAGCACACUAUGACAAACUUAAGAAACACUUGGCAAAGGAGAAGGCCAAAGCACAGAGUGAUGAAGAAAAGAACUGAAGAUUUGUGAAUUGUCAUUGGUACUGUAUAGUAUUCUUCAGUUGUUGUUUAAUUGUUCAUCCACCAACUAGGCUCAUCUUAUAUUGCUGUGUAUUUGGAUAAUAAUCUUAAACCUAAUUUUAUAUAUAUAUAUAUAUAUAUAUAUAUAUAUAUAUAUAUAUAUAUGUAGAUCUUAAUAGAAUUUCAUUUAAUUGUACAUUUGUUGUUCGCUUUUUUCUCUUGCUACACAAAAAGUAUUUCUCACACUGUCUGAGGUUCUUUGGUUUUUACGGAUUCAUCUCUACAUGUAAACUGACAAUAAAGCUUAGUUUACAAUCA